AUGUCGGAUAGACCGGCGAGGGAAUCGACAUAUUCGUCGGAAGCAGACACAAGGGGUUUAUCGGUAGGCAAAGAAGAAACCGGAGUUAGCUGGUCUAUUUCAGCUUCCGUUGUGGGAAGUGUAAACUUGGAAGAUCCGCGGUCCCGUCUGCAACCGGAAUUCAGACUCUUCCGCGAAUCGGCUAUUCCGCGAACACGACUCCGACUAUUCCAAGAGCCGGUUCGCGGAAGAGUUGAAGUCGUGUUUGCAGAAGAGUCGGUUCGUGGAGGUGUCGGGGUUCUGUUCGCGGAGGAUUCGGGCCGUGUUCGUGGUAGAGUCGAUUCGCGGAAGAGUUUAGGUCCUGAUUGCAGAGGAGUCGGAGGCCUGUUCGCGGAAGGGUGGGUCGGGGCUCCUCGAGGCAGAGGCUUUCGCGAACCGACUCCUUGA